GAAACGAGUGGGAAGAAAUUCUGUCGACGUGAAAACAUGAACGAUUGUGAUUCCCCGAUCCCCGACUCCCUUGUCGCUAUCUAGAUUGUCCGCUUUGCUUUUAAGUUUUGCCCAAUUUAUACCCUCAUUUCGUCGUAAAUGCAGUUUCGUAUUUUGCAUAAUCGUGUACGGAAUGCAUUCCAACCGGAGUUCCAUAGCGCUACCACUCCCGUAGUGCGAAUCCCACGUUUUGAAUUGUCACGCCAUUUCUGUAGCAGGUGGAAUCAGCGAAGAUAGUUUACAAUCAAGCUGCGUUUAGGUACAGAUUUCUGAAGAUGAAAGUGCGAUAAAGACAAAAUUGUACAACCAUUCGGCCCGUGCUGAUCAGUAAGCUGCCGGCGGCUAAUGAUGGAAUGAAGGCUAUGCUGAUUGAAGACUGUGUAAUGUCAACAUGUGCCACAAUGACAGAGGAUAGAAGCAUAAAUGGAGACAUAAAUAUCAACAGCAAGAAAAGCACUAUUUUGAAUUCCAAUGGCCCGUUCAGUCCAGUUUCAAACUCCAACAUAGACCCUGAUAAUUCUGCGAGUUUUGGAGGCGGGAGACUAAAAUUUUUCAAAGAUGGAAAAUUCAUCCUUGAAUUAUCACAUCAAAAAGAUGGAGAGCGCACAUGUUGGGUGCCUGUGGCUAAAAAGACAUUUUGGCCUACUGUCGGUACUCCUAGACUGGAAAACUGCACUUCAUUCAGUGUUUCAGAUGAUAAUUCUUCAAUUCAAUCAUCACCAUGGCAGAGAGACCACAGUUGGAAACAGUCGAACCCUCGGCGGAAUGUUAGCAAGGAAUUGCAAUUCAUGGUCAGGAUACGACCUCUGCCGCGGAAGUAUUUCUCUUCAUAUUCUGUUCGGAGGAAGCGGAGACGGCCUUACGACCCAACAAAAAUAGAAGUUAAAGAUGAUUCAUCUCAUCAUGCUACUUCCAAGUCUGUGAAAAAGGAGAAAAAAGAAAAGAAUGGGAUUGGUGCAAAAUUAAGCUCAAUUGUAUAUAGGUUAAAAGAGAGAAUACAUGUAUCAGUCGUUAAAACAGAGAAUACUAUUAAUCCUGCAAGAAUUGAUCCUGGCAUUGUCUCACCGCGAAAAAGAAUUCUUCGGGAGUUCGAAAAGGUCAGUUUAGAUGAGAUAGCAGUUUCUACCAAGAGGCAUCGAGCACGGACUGCGCCAGCACCUGCCAAACCUGUAAGCAGUCAUAGUAUUACAUCAAUCCUAGCAAGAGAAGACGAGCCUUCUUUCUUGCGAUCAUUGUUAGGCUGCUCGGGCAGUGAAGCAUCCUCAGCAUCUUUUGAUUCCUCGCAGUCUCGCAAUCCAUAUGUUGUGAAUCCAUCGCCCUCACCAGAGUCAGUGCGCCCCAGUGCUUGCAGUAGUACAACUUCAGUGACACCAUCGCCACCUCCGCCGAAAGCAGGCACUCUUGUUCAGCCACAGCCCACCCACCCGCAAUUUCCGUAUGCGAUGUCCAUGCAUCCACCAUUCUUGCCUCAUCCACAGGCUUCAUUCUACUCAGGUCUAUCUCAUUACAGGAGUUCACCCUCUUAUUGGCCACUGUAUGCCAUGUCUAGUCUCCCUCGAAACACUCUUUAUCCUCCUAUGAUACCAGCGUUCUCACCUCUUAGUCCAUCAUCGUGGACGCCACUAACGCAGCCUGCCAUAGGAGAGUUCAAGAGAGAUGAUGGAUCCUCAGAUGUUCCUCUGAACUUGUCCAAAAAUGCUAGCUGAGCUGUUGAAAGGGCUUCCAGGAGCUGAGUAAGUCAAAGAUUAAACAACUCUAAAAGCUAAGACUGUUUUUUUAGUACAUUAUUGAUUCAUUUGUAAUAUAGUGCCUUGCUACGUGUGAAAUCGUAAACUGGACCUAUUAUAUUUCAGUCAAUAUGUUUAAAGUGGAACAUUAGCUCUGAACAUUUUUAUCCAAGCUUCUGAAGCUAAUCACAUGGGUAAAUUCAGUUUUUUUACCAGAUAAAUUGUGAAAAAAAUAUUUCAUCCAUCAACUUAGAACUUAAUUUUGACAGGGUUCACAAUUCUCUCUUACCAAAAUGAAAACAUGACAGUAGUCCAGAACACAUGACAAAGAUAAACACUGGAAAAACAACCACGCUAGACUAAAAUUAUUUUAAGUUCUUCUUAAGGCCAGGAUACGAGGUCUGUCCGGAAAGUAUCCGAUCUUGUUGAUUAUCUCGCGAUCAACGGUUGAUAAGAGGUUGGAGCUUGGGAUUAUCUUUGCAGGGACUCUCCUGAAUGCAGGUGCACAGCCUUACUUUGGGACGUUGAAUCAGUCGUUGGUAAUUUGCUGAUUAGUGCGUGCUAUACUGCUGUGAUCGUUGGAUUUCAUUUUUUUUAAAAAGAGGAAGUUAAGGAGAGUGGGGUGGGAAGAGUUUGUAAAGAAGAUCAUUACAGGAGACACGUCUUGGGUCUACGGGUACGGCCCUGAGGCAAAAGUGCAAUCUUUAGUUUGGAUUGCACCUGGGAGACCUGGCCUGUAGAAAGCUCAAAAGAGUUGCAGCAAUGUGAAGACAAUGCUGGCCGUCUUCUUCGAUCAUGAGGUGUUGUCCAUCAUGAAUACGCUCCUCAAUGCUCUACUAUCAAUAAAGAGAGCUACUAAGAAACUUUACGUACCUUUAGGGGUCUUGGGGAGCGUAUGCAUGAUGGACAACACCUUCAUGAUCGAAGAAGACAGUCAACAUUGUCUUCACACUGCUGCGACUCUUUCGAGCUUUCUACGGGCGAGGUCUCCCAGGUGCGAUCCAAACUAAUGAUUGCUUUUUUGUCUCAGAGUCGUACCCGUAGACCCAAGACGCGUUACCUGUGAUGAUCUUCUUCUCAAACUCCUCCCACCCCACUCUCCUGAAUUUCGUCUUUUUUAGGAAAAACGAAAUCCGACAAACGCAGCAGAAUAGCAUACACUAAUCAGAAAAUUACCAACGACUGAUUCAACGUGUGAUAAUACGGCUGUGCACCUGCACUCAAGAGAGUCCCUGCAAAGAUAGUCCCAAGCCCCAACUUCUUAUCAACAGUUAAUGGCGAGAUAAUCAAUAAGGUCGGAUACUUUCCGGACAGACCUUGUAUAUUGCGGUCCUCAUAACUCAAUUUUCAACAGAUAAUAAUGAAGAAAGAAAGAGAUUAAAAGAGGAAUAUUAGCUAAAAAUCCAAGUGUUAUAGUUCUAAGUAACCUGUUAAACACAUUGGUUUACCUGUUUCACUCUUAAUUGUGAUAUGUAGAUCCGUAGCUGUCGUUCCUCCGCUGGUUUCUCUCUGUUUAAAUUUUUUCUGGUCCAACUAUCGGUUUUUAGGAUCCUGAAAAAUUCCAGCCUUUUCAAGGACCAAUAAUCUGAACCACGUCCAUUUUUAUUUUUUUCUCCACAGCUAAAUGUGAAGCAGCUACUCCUCCCUGUCAUUCAAAGUUGAUUUUGAGUGUGACUUAGUUGCAAGUUUUAUAAGAAAAAGAAAAAAAAACAAAUGUUUUACAGGAAAAUUUUCUGAUCAAAAUUUAAUUAAUGCAAAUGCUGGCCAGAAACUUCAAGUCAAAUGAGAGGAUUAAUACUGAUUUAAUUUCAUAUUUACAAGUUCCAUUCAUGUAAUACUCGGUAUGGUAGUCACAAACAAUUUCCUCCUAGUAUCCUUCCUACUCAUUUACUUGUCGUCCGUCUUUACAGGCAUCUUCCUCUUUUUUUUCUUUCUUUUUUUCAAUUUUUAACCCUCUUUGAAAUCAAUUCCUUCUUUCCUUACUGACAGCAAUAACACUAAUGAUAUUUUUUGUACAUGCUGAGCUUACUCUCAAACAUGGGUUCAAGAAAAAUAAUUCCAAUGGAAUUUGUUUUCUGCUUUAAUCUAUAUUCUGGUUAGCCUGGCACUGUUGUUUCUCUUUUAUUGCUCAAAGCUAGUGUUCCUCCCUAGGUCAUUUCAAACCACCGAUUUUUUUUGCCUGGCAUUUUCAGCGUACCUAUAGGUACAAUCAUUUGUAAUUUAGGAAACUGUUUUAUUUUUGUAGCAACAAGUCUUGCGUUUUCUCUUUUUGUAUGCAUACUUGUACAUUGUAUGAUAAAUGUAUAAUUUUUGUAUGUUCUGAAGAAUGUACGGUUUGUUUCAACGUAUGUUAAAUUUUAAUAUGUAUUAUAAGACUGCAGUAUGAUUGAGUUACAAGGGAAAAAAGUAAGAGCAAAAGCCAUUUUAAGGAAUGUCACCCAGUUCUUCAAUUUUUUUUUUAAUUCUUUUAAUGCCUGUACUCAAGUGAUGCUUUUUUGAUGAAGGACCUUAAUUUUACCCAAAUAAUGAUUUUAAAGACUGAAAAUAAGUGAUUCUAAUGAAAGUCAUCUCUUUUUCUUUGACUGCAAUUGCUUUUGUUUAUCUCAACAUCCAAUUUCAACAUACACAAGUUUGUUCUAUUUUUCUCUCUUUUGUUUUUUCCAUCAAUGUAUUGAGUAUGUUUGUACUUCUCCUUAUUCAUUUUGGAAGGUGAUUCAAAUUUUAGGUCAGCAGUUAUUUUUACUACAAAUACAUCUUAAGGUCUUAAAAUUUGUAUGCACUUGUAUCUUUGAAGUCUUCAUGUCAUAAUCAUCUAAUAACAUGAAACGUCUCGUGCAAGGGUGUAGAAAGUUCCCAGCCUUCCUCCAAAUUUAAUUGAUCUUCCUCUAUUUUUGUGCAUAAGUCAUCAUCACCACCCGCCAAUAUGUACUCAAAAGAACAAAUUUUCCACCAAACAAUUGGACUUUGACACCGCUAAAAUGCUGUAGAACUCAAAAUUGUGAAAAAAUCUGAUGAGGCUCCCCAAUUUGUCGCUGUAUUGAAAGGAUUUUCAUCAUUUUUUCUCUGUUCUAACAGGGUAUUCACCAUUUCAGGUGACCAGCACGAGAUCGGGCCAGUUGGGUGGUCAGAAACUUUUUGCACCUCUGUUGCGGGCUGAUUAUUGAAAUUGCUAGGCAAAGCUACAGAUAAAAGAAGAUACAAGAGAAAGUAGAACAAACCUAUUGGUAGAAGCAGGUGGUUGCAAUUGACAAAGGAGGUAAGAAAGUGAUUAAUGAAUGGCAGCCUACAAAAUACUCCAUCGUGAGUCCAUCGUUGUCCCCUUUAGUCUAAAGGAACCACCUUUUUCAACACAUUAAAUCACUCCAUCUUCUCUUUGUCCAUCGUUUUGUCUAUCUGUGUCAAUGAUCAGCUUGAUCUUCUGUGCUUUUUGUUUUUGUACCCACGGUUCAACAUAUGCCAGGUAUCUUGAUAAAGUUAAGGGGUCAUAUCUGAAAGUCUUGCAUUUUCUUUUUACAGUCAAGUUUUUUAUUGUGAUGGAUGAGCUUUUCUCACAUUGUGAUCAGUUUCAUGUUAAUGUGAAGAUUCUAAUUGUCUGCAAAUGUGCUUAUUUUCCAAACAUACAUGCCUGUGACUCAGACAAUAGUCAUAUCUGAACAAACAAAAGCAUUCUGAUCUUUGAAACUUUUUAGCCCAACGCAUUCUUUUGAAAUUUUUGUAGGGUGAGGAAAUUUUCUAAGAGUGAGGAAAUCCUGAGACUGAGAUUACUUCUGAUUUUCAGUUCUGCUUUGAAAAACUUUCUACACCCCUGUGAGUACUUGUAGGUGAUUUCCCUCUCUUAUCAGGAGUAGAUUCUUUUGAAAAACUCAGUUUGUCAAAAUGCUGGACACAACCUCUUCUUUUAAUUAUCUAUUCAAUUUUGUUUUGUCUGGGAAAAUCAAAAACUAUUUAAUAUAACGUGUUUUGAAGGUAAACUUACCUUGUACCCGAAGCAAGUCUUCCAAUGUUGAUAAUUAUUAGUUUAAUGGAACAAAUCUUAAGCCUCAGAAUAACAAGGUCACCUUUAAAAGCUGCCAGUCAAGUCUCUGGAAGAAAAAAAUUUUGAAUGUUAUUUUUGUCAUGAAUUGAUUUCUAGACUAAUUUUGAUUUCAUCUAAAUGCUGAAGCCUUCAAAAUGAGCUUGCUUCACAAUUUUUAAUUCUUGCAUUUUUAAAAGUAGGGGACUUUUUAUUCACAGGAAUAUUCUCUCACUUCUUUACAGUAUUAACUCAACAAGUUGAAAACAGCGUAUUUUGAGCUCCCAUCUAAAAGUGCAUCACCCAGAAAGCUACUUAUGAGAUGCGUCUGAAAGUAUCCUUACCACCAUGGCCACAAUCUCGAUUGCAGGAUCCCUCUGCGGCGAUUCAUGGUUCAUGCAGCUGUCAUCAAUGGACAGCCGCAUGUACCAUGAAUUGUGGCUGAUCCCUCAAUUUAAGCUUUGGCUGCGCCGGUAGGGACAUUUUUGGACGCUAUCUUGGCUUUCUGGAUGAUGUGUGUUUAGUUUCGAUUGGAGCUCAAAAUACAUAACUGUGAACUAGUGCACUAGUGCACUUUCCAAUUUUUCAAAAUGCAAGAAUUAAAUAAAAGUUUCAAGAUGAGCUCAUUUUUCAAAAAUGUUUUUUAGUUAGUAUUAUUCAGAUACCUAUUAUUUUUCAAUGCAGUAGUUUGAUUAAAUGUGAGCGCCUAAAAUUUUGGAAUGUUUCCUCCCAUAUUGUAGUCAGUUUCAUGUAAAUGAAUAUGUCAACUUGCGGUACCUCAAUGUUAUUCAAAGUGCCCUCGAUUGACCACUAAGAGAUUUGGAUCCAAAUCCACAGUGCUCAGCUUUUGACAUUGAUCUUUGGGCAACUUUUUGUAAAAUAAAAUCCCUAACCUAAGCCGUCCCACUUUGCAAAGUACCUGUAAAGUGUUCCCCAAGUCCUGAUCUUACUUCAAAUAUUAAGUUGAGUUAAGUUAAUCAAUUUUAAGUUGAGUUUACCUAUAGUACUGCUCAAUUAAUCCUUCCUGUUUUUUUGUUUUUUUUUUAAAUCCACAAUUUUUUCAUUUCGCCAAUCAUGUCCUUUAAUUUGCAAAACUUAAUCAUCAAACUGUCCUCAGUUAAAAUUAUAGCAGUUCAUUCCUAUCCAGUUUUAAAAGUAGCCUUACGAAAGUCAUUAAUAUUCCUUACCUUUUGGACGUUUUUUGGGUGUCUUUCUUCUUUUUUUUUUAUAAAUGUGAUCUUGCUUACCUGCAAAAGUAAAUAAAUCUCAAUAAGUAUAAUUUUUAAUCGUAAGAGGUGCCUACCUACAUUAGUGACUCACAUAAACCUGCAAAAAUGUAUUCUCUAACCAUUAUCUGCUGCAGAGAUAAGUAGAAACAGUGGUAGGUAUUUUCUUCAUUUUGAAGUCAAAUUUGAAGAAUUUUUCAGUCCUAAAAAUAAUAAUGUUAAGUUAACAAAAGAACAAACAAACCGAAAUAGGUUACUUCGAAUUCUCAAGUUGGUGAUCAUUCCAGUUCAUAUAACUUUUUUUAGGAAAAAGCCAAUGAUUCUAUUGGCAUCAUGCUUCUUUGUAUACUGCUUUGUUUGCUUUAAUUUGUAGGAAAGUGGAAGACUCUAUUGUUGUGUUGUCUUUAUUUUGACUGUUCAUUUUGUAUAUAGAAAUGUAGAAUAUGUUAACUCUUGACAUGAAAUCUUCAGCUGUGAUAAACUUUUGAACAACUCGCAGACUUUGUCUCUAUGUAGCAAGUUUUUGGGUUUGUCAAAUGGUGAGUUCUCUCCCCAUCCUUCACUUUCUUCCGCCUUCUCUAAUUUUAUAAUCAACUACUUUUCCAAGCAUGAAUUAAUUAAAAUUAGUUUUCUAAGUACCGAUGUAUUUGAAAUGCUUUAUCCUUACCCAAGAUUGUCUGUGCACUAAGAUCCAAUUGUAACAACUCCCAAAUCGAGCUUGAGUAUUUUUCAAUCAUUCAAUGAAAUUUCAAGCUCUAUUCAAAAGCCUUUUUUUCAUUUUUCUUAGCUGACAAGUUAACCUUUUUAGUUGAUUUUGUAUUUUACUGCAAUUGGUCUGUACUGCAUUGGUGUAUCUUUUUUUGCCAGUUUUUACAAAUAUGUUUCAAAAAGCUAUGAGAGUUCUUUUUUUGGAUUGUAAAGGAGACCGCGAAACGAAAAGAUACAGCCAUGGCUGAAUUUCAAUACUAUUUGAAUAACUGUUCCCCAUGACCCACUGAGUUCAGCUUGCUCUAAUAAUCAAAAUUUCUCUGUGCCAAUUUAAAGGAGAGCUGGUCUGAAUAGUGAAUUUUUCAUAAUUUAUAUACAAAGAAAUACACUACUUAAUUUCCGUGUCAGAUCCACAGAUGGGUCAGUUCAUGGAAAUUGGUAUGACGCUCAGCCCAUGCAGUUGUCAAGCAGAAAAAUUUGGGUUCGUUUAUUAAAACAUUUAAAACAUUGUUUAAAACAUGUUUAAAACAUUUUAUUAAAACAUAGGUAUACGAGUAAGUAACAUCUUUCCCAUUCCUGCGGCCAGUAAAGAAUAGAGAGCUUUCUUUGAUCACCAAUUAGGUGUCGCAACAUCUCUACUAGAUAAUGUUUACAAAUAAGCUAAAAAAUAUCUCUUUUAAGACCCCGUAUUCUGGAAUUUGUCACUUAAAAGUUUCGAUUUUUUCAAAUUGUUGUGCUCAGGAGGUCGGAGAGAACAUUAUAUUAAAUAAUAAUAAAGUUUAGAAGGCGCCAAAUCCCUUCAUUUUAUUUGCAAUCUUUUUUUCUAAUAUGAUACACCUACACAAUUCACAAUUAAUCAGCUCUAUGUUCAAUUUUUUUAUAUGUUUUAGCUCGUUACUUUAAUAAAUUUUAGAAAAUUACAAUCAAUAAUUUUCCUAGGAAGGCAUCAUCAAUUUAAUUAUAUUACUUUUUUUGUCUGAAAAAUUUGACAAAAAUUCUUUGUAAGUGUGGUAUUGAAGUUUAAAGUAAUGAUUGCGUUCUCGAAGAGCCACUAGAUUUUGUUUUUGAAUAUGAUAUCCAAAAAUUUGCUAUUAGAUAGAACUUUCUUAAAUACCAUCCGAUCUUCCUUGAUAUUUUUAUGUUACUACAUAAAGGAAAUUUACAAGAGAACUAGAGGAACCCUUACGCCUAUCUAUAAAAUCAGCCAUAUCAUCUAUCUGUAAGCUUAAGUCCUGCUGAAUAAGUUUACACAUUCUUAGAGUUUGAUAGAAGAUCAGAUGUCUUUAGUAUCGCAUUGGAAGUAGAUUCAAGAUUCAAACUGGCGGUUUUUCUAUCUCCUUUCGAUAAAACAUAAAUUUAUCUGAUGUGGACUCAGUGAGGAGUCUUAUUGCCUCAAGUAGUGAGCAUAGUGUCUAAUAAGGAUAUCUGAGAAAUCAUGAAGUGUCACAAAGUAAAGGACCCCGCACUUUCGGAAAUGGGAUCUUAUUCCCACGCCAAUUUUCCAUUUUCUCAUUCCAUUGCAUUGGUUGAUUGAUGCUGAUGUAAAGUCAUAAUAGCGCCAACUCUCUUCAAGCCACUGUUUUCCUACAAUUUGCUGUUAAAGUCUUGAUAAAAUGCCCAUAUAAUUAAGCCAGCGCGGCUAGAAUGAGUCGAAAAGAUCUCUGUUCCUCUCAGUACUCAAGAAUUAGCUGUAUGCAACUCAAGGGAAACCCUGCUCAGCACAUAUCUGUCCUUCUCUCUUUAUCUCCCUCCUACCCUUGUAUUUUUGGCAACAUUGAACGAUAAAUAAUGUAAGAACUAGGGUGAGAGGUAAGGAAACAAGUGUGAGAACGCGUGAAAGCGUGGAAAGAAACUGUUUUAGACAGUGGAAUGAAAAAGCAUGCGAAAUCCGAAAUAAGACUGCCCCCUCAGUGGCAGAGACCACUGACCACUUUUAGGUUUACAUUUUUCAACGCAUGACUUCAUCCACAAGGCAAAUUAUCAAAACUUAAACUGCAAACUGCAGGGAAAUGGUGGCUCCUAGACAAUUGCGACGGAAUAAAAUGAUUAAAAAUCGGCGUGUGCACAAGAUCCCAUUUCCAGGCGUGAUGGGCCUUUUACAAAGAACUCAAAAGUUUGGUCUCAUAUGAAAAUUUUCAUAAGCAAAUUUUUAUAGGUUUCCUAACAUCACACUACAAUUCUCCCUGUUCACUCAAUUUUUGUAUUUUUAUAAAAUUCUAUUUUUCUUUUUGUCAGCAAGAAAAGAAAAAGUCUACUUAUUUUUUUAUUUUUUCAAUUUUCUACAUUUAAUGAGUUAGUAAAGUCUAAGAGGAAUGAGCUCUUGAACAGUCUUUUUUACAGUUCUUGAUCCAUGAAAAUGAAACAUUCACUAAAUUCUCCUAUGAGUGAGUCUCUACAGAGGACCAAGUUUUUAAUUUGGAAGUUGGCCACAAUGUGCUCAAACAGAACUGCUUACAAAACUGGACGUACGCAUCAUGAAAGCAAAAUGGUGACUGUAGCACCGACCCUCUUACUGUCUCCAUGCUUCAUUUGGUCCAUUUUUCUGUUGAUAUUGCAUCAUUGUAUGGAAGGCCAGGUUAGCUCGGUGCUAUUGUGAUAAUGUUAAAGUGAGAUUCUAUUAUAUUACACACAGUGUAAGGAAUGUGAAUGUUAUGUGUCCUGAAGCACAAUGGAAGAGAAAUCUUGUCUCUUGAUAAGUUAUAAGAAUGAAUGAGCGACCACCAUGUUUAGGGAAACGGAGUGCACACUCCUACACCCUCGGUAGGCAAUGAUUGUGCACCUCUUUUUCUCUGCCCACGUCAUUGGAGAUUUCUGUUUUACAAAGAGGAAUUAUUUGCUAGUUCCGGCUCAUGGUGUAUUUGAACAAAAUUAAAUACAAUUUGAAUAACUAGAGAUGAAACCCUCAGGGUCUUGAAGUAAGCUCCUUUCACUAACAUUCCAGUUCAAGACUGAAAUAUUUCAUUGAGACCCUGCAGAACAAAAUCCCCUCGAAGUGAUUGAAGAAUCAAAUUUGAAAGCGCAAAAGGAGAAAAUCCCCCAUACCUCUUCCCCUCUCUGGGGUGAAUUUGUAGUUAUUGUUCCCUGGCAUUAGAAACUAUAUUCCUGGAAUUUUCAAGACCCCAAAAGAUUUUCUGAAUAAUAUUGCAGUCAAUUACAAUGCCAAAGCAGGUAUUUCACUACUCUGUUCUCAAAAACUUCCUGUUUAGAUGAAUCUUUUCUCCUCAGUGAUGCCCAAUGGUUGAAAAUGUUUGUUCAUAAUAACUCAGAUCGAAAGCAUUUUGUACAAUGUAAUUUUGAAAUGACCAGCAUAGGUCGAUCUUGUUUUAUAUCCGCCCUAUCAUGGACAAAGAUUUUUUUUUCCCUCUUUCUUUGGGUAGUGUUUAAUGGAAUUGAUGUUCCUGUGAAUAAAUUUAUGUUUCAUUCUCCUAAUAAAAAAAAAAAAAAAGAUAAGGAAAUAGGAAGUUACACUUUUAGUUGGGUCUCUCUCAAACUUUACACGGACACAAACCCACUCAGUACCAAUGAUUUCUGUGAAAUACCUAUACUUUACAUUAAGUUCAAACUCUCGUUAUUCCAUUGAAACUUCUCUUCUCGAGGCUUUACUGAGGUUUGGAUCAAAUGCUUAUCACACAAAUUUCUCCUGAAGUUCUUGCAUCCGUGAAGAUGUCCAUAUCUUUAUUUGAAGGCUGCCCCUUUAAAAUUGGUGGUGAAUCAUAACGUGUUAAAAAUAUGAAUAUUUUAGGAAUUUUAUUUUUUUAUCUCUUGUCAACUUUAGUGAGGUAUUUUAUAAUAUCCUAAAAAUUGUUCUAGACAAUACUCAUCUCAAAGUGUUCCUACUAAUUUAAAAGAAAAAGAAACUUCGUUUAUAUACUUCAUAGAAACGUAAUUAAAUGGUACGUAUUUAUUUUAAUGAUGAAACUUAAAUCUAUUUUUAAACUGAAAUUUUUGAAAUUAUUUUGCAACUUUGUCAUAUAUAUGUUCAUCGAUGGCGCCCCUUGAUAAUGUAUGAACUUAAAAAUAUUGAAGAGAAUGUGUGAGCCAACGAAUUUCCCCCCUCUUCUCUUUUAUAAUUUUGUAAAGUGUAACUGAUAAAUUGUAAAUAGACUGUAAUGUACAUUCUCUUUUGUAGCAUUAAAAGAUUAUAUAUUUUGAUUCA